AUGAUCUCUGUUAUCGGAAUAGAUAAUGAGCAAGAUUUAUUCGAAAAAGCAAUCAUACGAGCGUAUGCGCAAAGAUCAGCAUUGUUUGAGCCAAAAGCAAUACAACCACCCGAUCCGACAGUUGUCGAUGAUACACUUCAAGAAGGAUCUCAAAUGCAAGAUGGCGAACUUACUAACGAACUUUCUGAUAUGACCAAUGCAGAUGAUAAUGCUCAAAUUCAUGCAAGAUCGCUUUCCACGAAGAUAGCACAAAUCUCCAAUCGUGAACAACCAUGUUUAUACCAAUGGAGUGAAUGGGGUCAAUGCUCGGAAACAUGCUUAUCCUCUUCACGCCUACCCUCUCGAUCACGUCAUGUCCUUAAAAAAACCAUUAUCCAAGCUCGUGGCCAUUUUCCAAGCUGUCCCAGUAAUUUGGCAACAAUGACCGAACAUAUGCCAUGCAACGUUUACCGAUGUCCAGUAGCUCUGAGCUCAUUUACUAAUUGGACCCAAUGUUUCUACAAAGAUCCUAAUAUUGGUGAAGCAGGAGGUUGUUACCGAAUGCGUGAUCUUCCUAUUACCAAUCAGCUCAUCCAUAUUGAUACUGAUAACAUUGUUAUUGACUGUAAUUGUCCCGAUCAUAUUGUUUAA